AUUGUUCCGCUGCUAUAACCCAGUUCUGGGCUUGGAGCUGGUGUUGUGUUCGUCUAAUACCUGUUUUCAAAACAUUGAUUUAACCAGAGUUCUGGGGUCAGGCAGCACUCGGAGACUCGGGCAUUAAGGAACUAAUUGAACAGCAGACUGCCUCGGGUCAUGAGACGGGGUCCGUUCACAUGGAGUCGGACAGCACAAUGCUGCAAAUAGCAAGCAGCCCUCAGCAAGAAUUGCUGCGCCAGGUUCGGAAUCGGUAACAUGAGACAACGGGGACACUGGAGACGCUGAAUAUUUCUCAUGGCUCUCCACGCACUGCAAUCUUCCCAAAUAUAGGAAUUUAUCUGAGUGGACACACUGCUGUCUGGAAAUGCCUUCCUUUUCUGAAGCCGCAACGAACAUGAAGAUUGUUUGGAAAGUUUGACUCUUUUAACCUCAAUCAGUGCAAGUCCAGGACAUGAAUAAUUAUUGGCCCACAGUCAUCAUGGAUUUGGCUCGUACAACGUGUUUUCAAGACUAUGGUGGAGCCGUUGAUGAUGAUGUGUUGGUCCAUUUUGGGCAUUCUGCUUCCAACUCUAGUUUUUGCAGCACCUCCUCCCAUCAAUAAACUGGCACUGUUUCCUGAUAAAAGUGCCUGGUGUGAAGCAAAGAACAUCACUCAGAUAGUUGGCCACACUGGAUGUGAGUCGAAGUCCAUCCAGAACAGAGCAUGCCUUGGCCAGUGUUUCAGCUACAGCGUACCCAAUACUUUUCCGCAAUCCACUGAAUCCCUUGUUCACUGUGACUCCUGCAUGCCAGCACAGUCUAUGUGGGAAAUUGUCAUGUUGGAGUGUCCAGGCAAUGAGGAAAUGCCCAGAGUGGACAAACUAGUGGAGAAAAUUGUACACUGCAGUUGCCAGGCAUGUGGAAAGGAACACCAUCAAGAUUCCCAAAUUUUUAAUGCAAUUCUAAAUGAGGAAGAAGCUUCUCCCAUGGAUACAGUUGGAUCCCCUCAGAUUGUUCACCAUGACGAGCAAGUUGCUCUCAAAACUGGCACUGAGGAAGAGUAGACUUGAACACAAGGGGAAAAAAAGCAGAUUGUGGGAUAAAAUGUUUGUUUUAUUUGUUGAGCUUUAGAGAGAAAAAUCAAAAUAUAACAUUUUCUAAAAUAAAAUCCUCGCAGACUUAUUUAACGGGAAAGUCUUUAAAAUAUGCCAUUUGUUAUAGAAAUUAAGCAGGAACCCCAAUCAAAUACUAAUAUAUAGCUCAUCAAGAUCCAGCAAAGUAUAAUUAGAAUUUGGUGAUCAGUGUUCGAUUCACGAUAUCUGUUAUUAACAAGUCUGUUUUUUGUACCGCAGAAAUCCCUGUGUGUAGCUAUUUCAUACUUAUAACUGUUUGUAUAUAAAAUUACAGUUUAUAAAUCUUCAAA